UUUAAAACAGAUUGGUUUUUCAAAACAUUGGAUAUCCACGUCUGUAGCGGAGGAUAUUUUAAGAAGUUUAAGCCCAGUUAGGAAAGAUAACGCAAAAUGAAUUUAAUUCCUUCGUUCUCGACGGAGACAUGGACACUCUUGGCUUUGUUAUUUGCCCUACUAAUCAUAUAUGGGGUAUGGCCCUUUCGCUCAAUAAAUAAGAUGGGGAUUCCUGGACCCAGGCCCCUGCCAUUUCUCGGGAAUCUUUUGUCAUACAAGAGAGGUGCUCAUAUCUUUGAUGUGGAAUGCCUGCGUAAAUAUGGAAGAGUUUGGAGGAUCAUUGAGGGAAGACAACUCAUAAUUAUGGUCACAGAUCCUGCAGUUAUCAAAACUGUGAUGGUGAAGGAAUUUUACACUCUGUUCACAAACCGCAGGAAUUUUGUUUUCAACGGGGCCAUGAGCGACGCCGUGUCCAUAGUGGAGGAUGAGAAAUGGAAAAGAAUCCGCAGUGCUCUCUCCCCAUCCUUCACCAGCGGAAGGCUGAAAGAAAUCUUCCCUAUUGUCCUACAUUAUGCAGAGUCUCUGACAAACAAUUUGAAGAAAAGAGAUUUGGAGGAACCAGUCCAAAUUAAAGACAUGUUCGGACCGUAUAGCAUGGAUGUUAUGGCCAGCACUUCCUUCAGCGUGGAUAUCGACUCAAUCAACAAUCCCAGCGAUCGCUUCGUCACCCAUAUGAAGAAAUUUCUUCAGUUCAACUUUCGGAAUCCGAUCCUUUGGGUGGCGAUUUUGUUCCCUUUCAUGGCUCCGGUGUUGGAAAAACUGGGUUUUUCGCUGUUCUCCAAAGAAACUAUUGACUAUUUCUACAGCACUAUUCGCAAAGUAAAGGAUCAACAUCACAAAGAUGGCAGUAAUCGGGUGGAUUUCCUGAGACUCAUGAUUCAGUCUGAAAUUUCAGUGGAACAAGCAAACACACAUGCAGGCGAUCAUUUCGUUAAAGGUCUGACAGAUCAUGAGAUACUUUCCCAGAGUUUUGUCUACGUCCUUGCUGGGUACGAGACCACCAGCACCACUCUGACUUUUCUGCUGUAUCUUCUGGCAACCAACCCAGAGUGUCUGAAGAAGCUGCAGGAAGAGAUAGAUGAAGUCUUUCCCAACAAGACUCCAUUCACGUAUGAGGCACUGAUGCAGAUGGAGUACCUGGAAAUGGUCAUCAAUGAGUCCCAGCGCCUUUGGCCUACCGCCCCACGCAUCGAAAGGGUUUGCAAGGAAACCGCGGAGGUGAAUGGGGUGACAAUCCCCAAGGGCGCGCUGGUGACAGUGUCCACCUUCGCCCUGCACCGCGACCCGAAAAUCUGGGAGUCGCCCGAAACCUUCAAACCGGAGAGGUUCAGUAAGGAGAACAGGGACAGCAUUGAUCCCUACACCUACAUGCCAUUUGGAGUAGGCCCACGCAAUUGCAUUGGAUUUAGGUUUGCUCUACUGGUCAUGAAGAUCGUUGUGGUGAAGCUGCUUCAGAACUUUGAUGUGGAAACAUGUAAGGAGACUGAGCUGCCGCUGGAAUUGAGUGCAUUGUACCGGCCCAAGAAACCCAUAACACUGAAGCUGGUCCCACGAGCUGAAAACAAUAAUGAGAUCUUAGCUGGUUGAUUCUUUAUUUCCACAUGUAAUAUGCGUGUAUGAUCUUUUUUUCUUCAUUAUGAAACCUUCAAUCGAAUGUGACCCAAAACGCAUGAAAUCAUUUCUUCUGAAUUUUAUACAUGAUAUGAAUGUUUCUCUCCCCUUGUACUGCCGUGUACGAUGUUUUUGAUUAUUUCAGCUAACAGACACGAUACCUUAUCAGAUAAUUGAAUAUCGCGCCAGCUAUGGCUGGAGAAUAUAGCAACCCAGAUGUUUGGAAAUGAGAAAUCACUCUGACUUCAUUUGGAAGCAGCUGGGUAAUUGGGAGGGAUUGCUCCUGUCCACAGAAUCAGUUGUCAGUCCAGAACUAGGUAUAUUUAAAACUGCUGUCCGUUAAGAUUGGGAUAUCCUGACUUUCAAGAUAUAAUCCAAAUAUUCCUAACAUUGUGGCUCUGGAACUAACAAUUAGUUUACUGAUUACUAAUCAGUUGUUCAAGCAAUUGCUUUAGGUCAUACAAUAAAAUAAUUAACAAAUUAAAUAAAA